ACUUUUGCACAGUACUGUAAAUGUAAAAAAAAUUACAAUAUUGAUGACUGAUAUGUGUUUACUCUGUUAUAAAUACUAUGCUAUUGCUUUGAUUAUUGUAAACAUAAAGUUUUAAAUAAAUAUAUGUAAAAGUGCAGAAGUAAGAGGAGUUCAAGUCAAUUUAAAUUUUAAAAAUUAUUCUAAUUUACAUAUACUUAGUUUAUGAAAUCAUAAAGUCAUUCAAACAAGUUUUUUAUUAAAAAACCAGCCCUACAGCAAUACUCUUGGCUUCUGGUAGAUCCAGUUCUCACUGUUUGGAUACUAUAUUGUGGCUGUUGACUUCUGUUGCUAUUUUGAAUAAUAGUAGAUUUAUCCAAUUUUUUCCAUUUCUAAAGUAACUUUUUUGUGUGACUGAAAUGUCACUGAUGCUUGCAGGGAAUGUCUUGGCAUAUUACACAUACUCUGGCCAGAAGACCAUUAAAUCUGUUCAUAGAAAGUUAGUGGUGGUUCUAGCUCAGUUAUUUUUAUGCGUAAUACAGUCUGUUGAGGCAGUAUUGUUAGUGUAUUCCUAUUUCCUAGAAGAUAUUUUUGUUCCUGUGCUUUUAUUUCAAUGGAAUUUAAUAAUAAAGGGAAAUUGCCUAGAUUUCUCAGGAAAUUGCCUAGGUUGGCCUCUCACCAAGACACUGCUCCUUAUCAUUAGAGAAUUUUUCUCUGUUGUUGAGGAAAAAUAUGUGGCUCUUCUUCUAUUCUCUAAAUUGUCCACCCUUCUCUUUUUCUGUAGGUGGGGAUGGCUCUAUUAUCCCAGUGAUCGAAAUGGAUGCCCAGCCAUGUUUGCCCCUGAGCCCAGCAAGGGUCCCCAGAAUGGGCAGCAGUGACCUCAGGGCACAAGAGACUUUGAAAAGUGAGACUGAAGAAACAGUAGCUAGUUCCUCUCCCAAGAGACCAAGAAUGGCUGCUAGUGAUUCUACAAAUAAUUCCAAGAUCUCAGCCAAUCCCUUUAGAGGAGCCCAAAUAGUGGAUCUCCAUAGAACAGGGGCCAAAUGUGUCCCAGGAGAGGCAGCUGAUUCCCGAAGGCCAGGCAUUGAAUAUCACACCACAGGACUUCUACGGAUCAAGCCAGGCCGUGGAGCCCAGACAGCCUCCAUGUCUUGCAGUGAUAAGCUGGCACGCUGGAAUGUACUUGGCUGGCAGGGAGCACUUCUGAUGCAUUUCCUGCAGCAGCCUGUCUAUGUGUCAGCCAUGGUGGUGGGUCAGUGCCCCUACAGUCAGGAGGCUUUGCACCGGGCCAUUGUUGCAAGGUGUCAUGUUGUCUCGCAUUUGCCAGAUGGUUUCCAGGUUCAAGAGUUGGAAAUUCUACAGUCCCAGCUAUGUUUCAGCCAUAGCCGUGAGGCAGUCAAGGCUGGCCAUGUUCCAGGACAAGGAAAAGUAGUGUCCUGUGGUGCAGCUAUCAGCUGGAGUGCUGUCCCAGAGCACCCAUUAGAUGUCACUUCACGUGGUUUUAGACAAGGGACCUCCAAGAAAAGGAUCGGAAGCUUGACAUCCAGGUCUCGAAUUUGCAAGGUGGAACUCUUCCAUGCUUUUCUAAAAGUGGUGGCCAGCAUCCCACUGAAAGACCUACCAGAAACUCUCACAGCCCAGAGACUGCGAACGUACUGGGAGUACAAAGAAGCUGCUGCUCUGUACCAAGAGGCCUGGAAGGAACUGCGCAGCCAAGCCUUUGGCGCCUGGGUGAGGAACAGCCGCCAUUACCUGUGCUUCACAUGAAGGAGGGGAGGAACCAAGUGACAGUGUUGAUGGUUACUUACGCAUCCCUUGGUUAAUUGGCGUAAUUAAUGGACCAUUUUUCUUACUGUAGCUAAUACUAAGAGCAUGUCAGUGCUUUAGCACUAUUCCUCUGAAAGUGAAGCUUUCUUCCAAAACAUGUUGGACCUAGAUUUUGGAAUGAAGUAUAUAUACACUUUUCCUUCUGCUUGGCUGGGUGUUUAUCCUGUUCGUGUAUGGAAAUGCAUGGUGGAUUUUUGUUGAGAUCCAGAACUCUUGGUAGGCCACAUGCUUCCCUGUCCUGAAAAUGGGGCAGAGCAACAUUCUGAAUUUGGCAAGACGAGAAGGCAUAUACAAUUCUCCUUGGUGCCUUCACCCUUCACCAUGCUGGAUUAGAAGACUUAGUAAUAUUACAGGGUGGCGUUGUGACCCUAACCCUAACCAGGUUUUGGUAGUAUGUGCCAGGUCAGCUUGCUUAUCCACAAAUUUGGACUUGGACUGAGUGCACACAAGUUACUUAGAUUCUGGAACUUUGUGGUUGUGUGUGUUUGCAUACAGAGCCAGUUAGCUCUGCUUCUGAGUAAAACAAGUUAAACUCAACCUGUGGAUACCUGUGUAACUUGAGAUAGGACACACACUGAAAGAAAUGGGAUUACAAUUAAUUAUAAAGAAGACCAAAGUAAUGGCAACAGGUACAGCAAGCAGCCUUAGAAUGGACAAUGAAGACACUGAAUAGCUUCAGCUUUGACUGAUUGACUAUCAACUGUAAAGGAACCAGCGGUUAAGAAAUACUAGUACUUGGUAGGGUAAAAUGAAGACCUUGGAAAAGAUAGCCAGAUGCUGUGGCAUGUCUAUACCUAAAAAGCUCAGAAUUGUGCAGGCAGUGGUUUUCCGUGUGACACUGUGGAAGUAAAGAAUUGGAAGAAGCAGGAUAAAAGGAGUACAGUAUUGGAGAAGAUUCAGCUAUAUGGCUGCCAAGAACUGAUGCUGACUUGAUGGCAUACCAGCACAAUGAAACUGAUUGCCUCAAGCAGGAAAGGCACUUUCAGGCAGAGAUGUUAUAUUUUAGAGCAGAAUGAUUGACACUAUUCAGCUGAAGAAUUACAAAUUUAAGAAAGUUACUUUCUGUCUCCUAAGGGAGUAAAAGUAAUUUUGCAACCUAUCUCGGGCAUUCCUAGAUCAUUUGGUACGAUCUGAAAAU